AUGAACUUCAAUCGCAUUCUCACUAUUUUAAUUCUAUUAAAGUUUUUCUCGAAUAUGGCGGAAUGUAACCCACUACCGAUUGAUUUUAAGAAACUGCAAAAAUGUGUAACUAAUGAUACUCCACAAGAACCCAAUCAAAAUAUAUUUUCCCUAGAUAUCGAGCGUAAAUUAUGCUCUAUGGAUUUAAGCGAUCCAAAUGACCCUCAGCUGAAAAUACAAUUACCCCAGGCUCUACAAAAAUUGACUGAAGUAGACAAACUAAUUUUACAAGCAACAGAAAAAUACCAUAAUCAGACACAAAUACUGUAUGCACUCGAAGUGCUGUUAAAAAUGAAGACCAAGCAAAUGGAAGCAGAUGCACUAACUUUGCAAAAUACAACAAGACACCUGGGACAAAUACUUAAAGCGCUCAAAUUAAUGGUCUCUACGAGUUGGGAUGAUACACAAACAAACUUUGAAGUGGCAGCGGUGGGGAAGAAUUCCCCAACAGUGGAUACUACUAGUGGUGGUAAUUCUCAUCCCGGGUUGAAAAGAGUCCUUUCCACCGGUGGAUUCGUGUUUUUGAUAUUUUCCACAGCUUCCGACGUAUGCAUUGUGACCGGCGGAACUUUUUGUAUUGCAGUCUAUUUGGCAGGGGCUGGCGGGAUAGUCAUCUGGCUAAACUCCAUCUAUAGAACGGCAUUAAAUAUUAACUAA